AAACUUCAGGUCAUUUUUUUGCUAAUUUUGAAGUUUGGGGACGAUUUUCGUAGGAAGGCCAAAGUUAGGGGACCAAAAGUACAAUUAAGCCUUUUUAAUUUGGGUCUAAUCUGUUUCUUAUCUCCAUACUCUGUGCUCUUCCAAGCUUGGAUAGUAGCACUGCCCAUUUACAUUCGAAUACGAGUAAAUGAAAAGGACGCAUUCAGGAUCUCACCAUAUGGAAAAUGCUAUGAAAUACUGACAUAAAAAAGAAGGCUCAUAUUGUAUUGUUGCGAAAUGAAAGAAGGGAAAAUUUCUCCUAUGGCUCAUUUUGUGGCGGCAGGUGGUUGCUUAUUGUGAUCUAGUACUUCUGAUGAAUGGGUUAGAUACUUAAAUACUUGAACGUUCCUUCUGCUUGAUAGCUUGGUUGAAUACCUUAGGAAAUAGAAGGUUCUGUUUCAUUUUUUCUAUCUUACUUUAAUGAUGGGGACCUGUUGCUAUAACCUACUAAGCAACCUUUACUACCCACCCUACUUAAUUACCAAUAGUAUUACCAAAUUUUGUCGUGUUCAGACAAGAGGAAACUCAUUAUACCAAAAGCCCAGUAAUUUAGAUCUCCAUAGACACCGUUUUGAUUCAGCAUUAGUUGGUAUUGGAAUGGAGGAAAUUGUAAAAGAAGAAGUGAAAGAUGAAAACCACAGAAGGUUUAGGUGGACUGAGAUAGGCCACAAUAUCACACACGAACAAAAUGAGGCCAUAUCGAAACUUCCUUUCAAGAUGACCAAGCGAUGUAAAGCCUUGAUGAGACAGAUCAUAUGCUUUUCCGCGGAAAAAGGUAACGUAUCUGAUCUUUUGAACGCUUGGGUGAAGAUCAUGAAACCUAUCAGAGCAGAGUGGCUUUCAGUUCUGAAAGAGUUGGAAACAAUGGAACAUCCACUUUAUCUUGAGGUGGCAGAACAUGCUCUUCUAGAAGAAUCAUUUGAAGUGAAUAUUCGUGACUAUACAAACAUAAUCCAUUAUUGUGGCAAGCACAAUCAACUUGAAGAGGCUGAAAAUAUUCUCACAGCCAUGAAGCAAAGAGGCUUCAUCUGUGAUCAAGUGAUUCUGACUACCAUGGUUCACAUUUACAGCAAGGCUGGCCAUCUUGACCGGGCUGAGGAAUAUUUUGAAGAGAUUAGAUUGCUUGGUGAGCCUUUGGAUAAAAGAUCAUAUGGCUCAAUGAUCACGGCCUACAUCAGAGCCGGAAUGCCUGAACGUGGAGAGAGUUUACUUGAAGAAAUGGAUGCACGAGAAAUAUAUGCUGGCAGCGAGGUUUACAAAGCAUUACUCAGAGCGUACUCAAGGAUUGGUAACGCUGAAGGUGCCCAAAGGGUGUUUGAUGCGAUUCAGCUGGCUGGUAUCAUCCCAGACGAUAAGAUUUGUGGUCUUGUUAUCAAGGCCUAUGGUAUGGCUGGGCAAAGUGAGAAGGCUCGCAUUGCGUUUGAAAACAUGAAAAGAGCAGGUAUUGAACCUACUGAUAGAUGCAUCGGUUCGGUGCUGGUUGCUUAUGAGAAGGAAAGCAAGCUAAAUACAGCACUGGAAUUUCUGAUAGAUUUGGAGAAAGAGGGCAUUAUGGUUGGGGAAGAAGCUUCUGCAAUAUUGGCAGGAUGGUUCCGGAAACUAGGGGUGGUGGAAGAGGUGGAGCUUGUUUUAAGAGAUUUUUCCACUACUCGCGAGGUCAGUUAAUGUAGAAGGUACUUUGAAGCUUGUGAGAACAAUGUCCAUAAGAAGCACUCCUGUUCUCAAUGUAUUGUAGAUUUUUUGAUACGGAAUGCAGUGAAAUUUUGAAGAGUUUAAUAACUAUAUGAGAGUGUAAGUAAGCUUAACACAAACAUCGAGUUCAAAACUUUAUUCAAGUCUUGGCCUAGUUUACACUC